AUGCAAAAUAGUGAACCUAUUGCCCUUUCGCCGCCUUCCUAUCCCGCCUCACUCGUCCUCCCGCCUCACUCGUCCUCGCGCCGUUCGUCCCGACGCCGCCCAGUCGCCCGAAUUGUCGCCUCCAUCGAUGUCGCCCUCGCUAUCUCCCGUCGCGGCCCUCCCUUCAGUUCGCGUCGCCACUCUAUCUCUCCCCUCCCCUCCCAUCGCCUUUCCUCUCCCGUCGCCUUUCCUUUCCCGUUGCCCUUCCUCCGUCGCUUUCCUCUCCCUUCGCCUUUCCUCUCCCGUUUCCCUUCCUCUCCCGUCGCUUUCCUCUCCCACCGCCCUUCCUUCUCUCCCGCCGCCCUUCCUUCUCUCCCGUUGCCCUUCCUCUCCCGUCGCUUUCCUCUCCCGCCGCCCUUCUUUCUCUCCCGCCGCCCUUCCUUCUCUCCCGUCACCCUUCUCUCCCGUCGCUUUCUCUCCCGUUGCCCUUCCUACUCUCCUGUCACCCUUCCUACUCUUCUGUCGCCCUUCCUACUCUCACGUCACCCUUCCUGUCUCCCGUCGCCCUUCCUCUCUCCCGUCGCCUAUUCUCUCUCCCGCCGCCCUUCCUCCCUCCCGUCGCCCUUCCUCUCUCCCGUCACACUUUCUUUCUCCCGUCUCCUAUCCUCUCUCCCGUCACAUGUCUUCUAUCCUGUCGCCCCUUCCCUCCCGACUUCCUCUCUUCCGUUGCCCUUCAUCUCUCCCGCCCCAUCACCCACCUCGGCGCAUUUGCGCUCGCCCCAAAAUGCCUGCUCGUCGUUCCGUGAUCGUCGGCCCCUCUCGCUUUUCCCUCGCAGCGUUACUCUCCCCGUCACAUAUGCCCUCGCUUUUUUCGUCGCUCCUCGCGGCACCCUCAUCGGCGCCUUCCCAUUACCUACCUCGUUGCCCUCUCUCUCUCUCCCCAUCACCCUUUUCUCUCCGUUCAUAUCACCCCUCUUAUCACCCUCACACUCUUCCCUCACAUCGUCCGUCACCAUCGCGUCACCCUUUUCUCCCCUCACAUCACCCUCCUUGUCACCGUCGCCCUCGCCUCAAAUCGCCCUUCCUCUCUCCCUUCACAUCACCCACGUCAUAGCCUUGUCGCCCCCCAAAUCGUCCCCUCUCCCUCUCGUCCCGUCGCCCAAUUUCUCCUCCCAUCACCCACCUUGUCGCCUUCGCGCUCGCUCUCAAACGCCCUCCCCGCGCCCUUCUUCGCUCCCUUCGCAUCACCCACCUCGUGGUCCUCAUGCUCGCCGCGAACUGCCCGCUCGUCGCCUUUCGUUUCUCCCCCCCAUGACCCAUCUCUGA